UUUACAGGAUGGGAUAGCAAAGAACCUCGACCACUGGCGGUUCAGGAGGAGCCCGAGUUCGCCAUGAGCAUCAGUAACUUGACAACACCCCUAGGACGUGAAGCCGUGCUCUCGUGUGUGGUAGAGAGACUCGGCAAGUACAGGGUGGGCUGGCUGCGGGCCGAGGACCAGACUAUCCUGAGCCUACAUACUCGUGUGGUGACGCACAACUCACGGAUAUCCGUGACACACGACAACCACCGCACCUGGCAGCUUCACAUUAAACAGGUUAAAGAGUCGGACAGAGGGUGCCAUAUGUGUCAGAUAAACACUAAUAUCAUGAAGAAACAGAUCGGCUGCAUUGACGUCUUAGUGCCUCCCGAUAUCUUGAAUGACGAGACAAGUUCCGACAUGUCGGUGCCGGAGGGAGAGAACUCCACAUUAAUCUGUCAGGCAACCGGUCAUCCCAAGCCAAGAAUACUCUGGCGACGAGAGGACGGCGAGGGCAUAAUCAUCAGGAAGGGGCCAAGGGAUAUUGUCAAGGUGGACAUGUAUAACGGUAGUGCCAUGACGUUCUGGAAAGUAGACCGCCGUCAGAUGGGCAUCUAUCUGUGUAUUGCAAGUAAUGAUGUCCCGCCAGCUGUUAGUAAACGGGUGGCAUUCAGCGUGAACUUCGCACCUGUGAUAAAGGUGCCCAACCAACUCCUGGGUGCGCCACUGGGGACAGACGUCCAGCUAGAGUGUUACGUGGAGGCUUACCCCAACACAAUCAACUACUGGAUCAAGAACAGGGGCGAGAUGUUGCUUGACGGGUCAAAAUACUCGAUCCACGAGAAUCGGUCUACCUACAAAGUGUACAUGUGGCUGAUCAUCAGAUCUUUCAGCCGUGCUGAUAUCGGCACAUACAACUGCGUCAGCACUAACUCUCUUGGACGUGGAGAAGGCACCCUCAGACUCUACGAAAUAAAAAUACAUACUCAGUUAGGACUCAGAGAUAAACACUCCGCCUUAUUCGAAGGUCUGGCGGAAACGACGAAGAGCCACACUUCCGCCUCGAACGGAAGUCGAGAAAACAGCGACUCUUCCGGAAGUUGUCUCCUGGCUUCCUCUUUGCUGUUAGCUUCCGCUGCCGUCUUAUCAUCGAGGUGACCCUCUUCUCAGAAGCGCAUUUUAUAAUCAAUAUCAUCGUCCACCCGCCACAUGUACAGAACCCUGAUCGACCGUUUUUCUACCCUUUUACAGUUUGUGACGAUGGACAUUUUGUUGACUACAGAUUCUGUGAUGCUUAGCAACCUUGUUCAAAGUAUGUAAUGUUCAAUGUAUAUUUGUAAUGGAUUGUUAGAGCUUAGUGCGUUGUUUAAAUUAUAAUUAUAUGUACAUAAAUUGAAUUGUGAUAAUAGGUUUAUGACAGGGUGACUUUAUCAUUAAAUAUUAAAAGUGACAAGCUCUUUUGCAAUCGUACCUUUUGUAAAUUGUUCCGUAUACGGAAACUUUUCAUGACUGAUUUCAUUUCAGAAAAUAUUGUGCAAUCAUGUGCUUUUUGUAAUAUUACUAAAGAAAUGUUUUUAAUAUUGAUAAUACAUAUCUGCUUGAAAUGUCUCUAUUAUUUAAAAGAAUCGAUUAUAUACCAUUAUCCACUUCUAAUGUAAAUACGAAGCAGUUGAUUUGC